UCUCAUCAAGUCUCCCCCUUUGCAGGGAUCCAGGAUGAGCUGCAGUCGUUCGUGUGGCUGUAACCAUGGCAGCAAUGUGGAGGACAGCACAUGGUAUGGGGCCGAGUCCUACCCUAACCUCUUCUACAGUGACUGCAUGAUUCUCGGCGACAGCCCCGAAGGACCCCUGAUCCAGUGUAACCACCGGCCCUGUCCCUCAUUGUGCUGGAAGGUCACCGUGUCCGUGGCAUCCCUGCUUCUCCUCUUGGGUGUGGCGGCCCUGACCACUGGCUAUGCGGUGCCUCCCAAGCUUGAGCUUGUCGUUGAGAGUAAGUUCUCAUCAUUGGAUGACCCAGUAGCUGACUACAACCAAGCCCUGAUCACCUGCCGCAUGGUAGGGGCGUCGCUGUGCGGGGCAGCCGGGAUCCUGCUGGCCAUCUGCCUCUUCUUGGCCACCUCUGGUUGGAAGAGCCAGGACAUCAAGGCAGAGCCCUUGGUCACUGAAGCUGACAGCCCUGUGGAGGUGUUCAGGGAUGAGCCUGAGCAGCUGUCCCCUGUCUUCCAUGAGGCCAGCAGUCAGUCCUGGUCCUUGACUCCCACCAGCCCUUUGGGGCAGUAUUCCGUGCAGACCAGCCAGCCCCAGUGAGACUUGUAGUAAGUCUAGGCUGGGGAUGUCAGACACCUCCCUCCUCUGCUCUCCUUGCUUUCAUCAGCCUGACUUCUUCCUCUCAGUAGUGCCAAGCUCUCUAGGACCCUCAUAGUGCUCCCCACCUCCAAUCAACUCUCACCCUCUGGGACAGGGGAAAACUCAACCAAGAACUUCCAGGCUGAUGUGGAAGAAGAGAACCGGCUCCCUUCAGUUGUCCUCUGAUAAAUCCCCCCACACACACACACACACUCACAGAGAAAGGUAAUAAACAUACAAAGUCCAGGGAUUAGGAAAAGUGGAAUGUCCUUGCCCCUCAAAGUCCACCCCCUAGACAGCCAUGCCCACUGGGCCUGAUUUUAGCCCCUGGAGGCGCGAGCCUCUUCUUUCUAUGGCCGGCCCAGCACGUCCUCCUGUAGGACGCUAGAGGGCGCUCCAAGACAGCGGAGGAUCCCGGCUCUGGCAGCCCCCGCAGGCCCUCAGGGUUUCCUGCGGGGCAGGAAGAGGGUUCAAGCAAUCCCGAGACCCUCUGUGCCCCCGCGGUGUGUACCCGCCAGGUCCCUGUUUCUCAGCUCCUCCAUCUUGCCUCGGCUUUCAAUAAACAGUCGCUGUAAACCA